CUUGAACGUUGUAUAAAUUGAGAAUAAUAUGAUUAGCCAUUUGCAACUGAAGUAACCUGCUUCCUUUCUCAAACAAAAGAAAAUGGCUGAAAUAAAAACUGAUAGUAAGAACAAUAACACUCACGAGCACCGUCUUCUAGUAGCGGAAUCCGAUUUUUCCGGCCAAAAACCCGUCAAGACCGGCCGUGUAGCUUCACUUGAUAUCUUCAGAGGCCUCACCGUUGCGAUGAUGAUUUUAGUCGAUGAUGCUGGAGGAGAAUGGCCGGAAAUUGGACAUGCACCUUGGAAUGGCUCCAAUCUUGCUGAUUUUGUUAUGCCAUUUUUUCUCUUUAUUGUUGGCGUCGCCAUUCCUCUUGCUCUUAAGAGAUUCAUAAGCCGAGGUCAAGCUAUUAAGAAAGUUAUAUUCAGAACUAUAAAACUCCUUUUUUGGGGUAUUCUAUUACAAGGAGGCUUCUCUCAUGCUCCUGAUAAACUGACUUAUGGUGUUGAUAUGAAGGAAAUCAGGUGGUUUGGCAUUCUUCAGAGAAUUGCUUUUGCUUAUGCAAUACUGGCACUGGUGGAAAUUUUCACUAAAGAUGAAGAAAUACCUAGAGAUUUGCCGCCUGGUCGGUUCUCUAUGUUCCGGUUAUACUGCUGGCACUGGGUGAUCGGAGGAUGUUUACUAGUAACUUACUUGGCUGUAGUUUAUGGAACAUAUGUACCCGAUUGGCACUUCACUGUCCUUGAUAUAGACAGUCCUGAUUUUGGAAAAGUUUACAAUGUAACCUGCAAUGUCAGAGGACAACUGGAUCCUCCUUGUAACGCAGUCGGCUACGUUGACAGAAAAAUCUUAGGACUUGCUCAUAUGUAUCAGCAUCCAGCUUGGAGAAGAUCUAAGGCCUGCUCAGAUUAUUCCCCACACGAUGGACCUUUCAGGAUCGAUGCUCCAUCAUGGUGUCAUGCGCCUUUUGAACCUGAAGGAAUCCUGAGCACAAUAUCUGCUAUUCUAUCUGCUGUCAUUGGAGUUCAUUUUGGUCAUGUGCUUGUGCAUUUUCAGGAUCAUGCAAGUAGGCUGAAGCAUUGGAUUCUGAUGGGACUUGUUCUUCUCAUCUUGGGUUUAAUUCUUCAUUUCGCUCAUGUUGUUCCCUUAAAUAAACAACUAUACACUGUCAGUUACGUUUGUGUAACUUCCGGUGCUGCAGCGCUGAUGUUUUCAAUCAUCUAUAUUCUGGUUGAUAUUGCGGGUUUGAAAUGGCUGUUUCUACCACUUGAAUGGAUUGGGAUGAAUGCUAUGCUGGUUUAUGUUAUGGCUGCUGAAGGGAUUUUUGCUGGCUUUAUUAAUGGCUGGUAUUAUGAUUCCCCUCGUAAUUCACUGAUAAAUUGGAUUAAAAAACAUAUUUUCAUCGGAGUUUGGCAUUCACAGAGAGUAGGAAUUCUACUAUAUGUAUUAUUUGCAGAGAUUCUGUUCUGGAGUAUUGUUGCUGGCGUCUUGCAUAGGCAUGGAAUUUACUGGAAGCUUUGAACUACACAUUUGUUGCAUAUUUUGAUCAAGUUCUGAGAAAGCUGUGUAUGAUUUAGCUGUUUCAAGUAUUAUUUCUUCACAGUCAAAAUGCAAUUUAAUGCAGUUGAUAUAAAUACUGUUGCCUUCUAUGUAUAUUGUUUUUUAGAAAAUCAAUAAGAUUGUUCAUCGUUGCAAUUAA